CCUCGGCCCCUGUUUUUAUAAUAUUUAAAUCUCACGGGGAAAUUCAAUGCACCCCUGAUGCAAGGGUCAUCCCGAUAUGGUCUCACCUUAGUGUAGAUCACUACGUACAUAGCAUGGAAUGAAACCUGAUCUGUCUGAAGAUCGUGCGUUGGUAGUUAGCGGGUUUAUCUAAAAGCGUAUCGUCGUCCUGGGUCGCUAAUCUAGGAACGGACUUUCUCCUCAUUCAUCAACGAAACUGGCCAACGAAAACGACUAUGCCGGUACAUUUUAUGACGCUAAGCUUUUUCCCUAGUACCCAGUGUAUGCGGGACUCCGAGCAAUACUAAUGCGCUUCGAUGGAUCUAGGUAUCCCGAGAGCCCACUAUGUUAGGCGAGGAAGUCUGGAGAACUUACCAUGUAACGGCCUCGGCGUUGAGGCGGCGUUCGCAGAACAAGCUGAGCCUAGAAAAAUAAUCAGGUGAUGACAGCGGUUCUCGAAUCCUGAUAAACGCCCGGCCGAACGGUCGAGUGACUACGUUUAUUUCCUCGUUACGCCGCAAAUCUCAUAUCGCUUCUCUAUUGAUUACGGUACAAUUAGGUACAACAAGGAUAUCGAACUCUUUCAUAAUAUACCUUGACACGGGAUUUCGCGAUUCUUAUACGAUUUGUUCUAUGGGCGCGGUGUCUAAGUGAGAGUCAGGCAAUGGUCCGGCGGUUCCAAGGCCAUCGUACAAUCAGAAGGCCACACUAGCUACGAUGCGCAGGGUCAAAUCCUCGGCAACUACCAACAGUAGUUGGCAAAGUAGAGACGCUACAUUGCCUAUAUGUAACAGGACGAUGUCUAUCAGUAGCUGGCCUACACCAAGCAUAUCAGACAUCGGAAACAAUGAAGGCUUGUUCUUUACCUCGCUUAACCCCCUUGCGCCCAUUACGAUCGUGAUGUUACACGUCUUGAUGAGCUCUCAUCUUGAGUGGCAACAUUGCUGGCCCAAGCUGUCCGAAUACCAUCUUCUCAUACCAGAUCUACCGCAGCACUCGCGCUCACGUCAUAUUAAACCAUUUUCAUUCGUCUUAGCUGCUGAUCUCGUGGCCCAAAUGAUCCGGGAACAUGCUCACGACGGACGAGCGCACCUCGUUGGAAUAUCGACGGGUGGAUUUGUGGCGAUGGAAAUAAUAAAACGACAUCCAGAUAUAGUUCUGAGUGCCUUCGUAUCGGGUGCUACUCCAGUUAACGAUUUAUGGAAGAGCAUAAACUCCCAGCCCAAGAUUGCCCAUAUAGGGCUAUCGGUUCUACUAUAUAGCCCGAGAAGCUGGCUGUUCAAAGCGACGGGAUGGGCUCCGGAGUAUCAGAAUGAAGAACUUGUGAAAGAAAUUAAGCGAAAUAACACAUCACGACUGUACGAAGCAGGAUCUCGCGACACAGGUAAUUGGAGCCGAGAUGACAUGGUAGAAGUUGGAAUGAAGGAUAAAAGAAUCGCCCUAGUCGCCGGCGGCAAGCAGGAUAACGUCGAGGGUAUGCGAGAAAUGGGGCAGUUAUUAGAGUCGUUGGGCUCGAAUGAUGGUAGGGGAUCACGCGCGUUUAUAGUAAGAGAUGCUAUUCACGCGUGGAACUUGCAGGAUCCUCUAUUAUUCGCCAAAGGAAUACGAGCGUGGAUUGAAAAAGCCCCAUUACCACCAGCGUUUGAGCCACUCGAGCCACAAGUCACCAUGAUAGAAGCAACUUAAUAACGAAAGGACCAUUGACAUUGACGAUAUGGAAUUUAGCCGAGUCGUUAACAUCAACUCCAGUAUAGACUCAACUUGGCUUGGUUUUGGUUGAUAUCAUCCAACCAAACAACAGCAAAUCAAGACGCAGAUUGGCGCCUGAAGAUAGGCGACAGUGUCGAGAAGACAGUCGAUACGUUAUGACGCAGGAUAGUUGACUUGGGGUAGUUAACCAUCAUCAAACACUUGCUCAACUCUCGCGAUAGCCUACCCACCUACCCACAUAGGUACCUACCUGGUAGGUAGGUCGUCAGAGGUUCUGCCUAUCAAACCUGGCUAGAGCUUUGCAACAACUUUCAUAUCAUAGAUACCCCAUUUAUAGAAGCCUAGCAUAUCAUCAACACGACACUCGGAUAGAAAAUAAACCGAUAAUACUGAGCGUACCGACCGAGUCCUCGGAGAAAGGGAAAAGCCCCCUAAUCCCUCCCCCUAGAGUGAUUAGAAAAGAAAAGUGAUCAUAACAAAGCGUUUAACCUGAGCUGCCAAGCGCCUCUUUCAUGGACCGCAGCUUAUCUGUAACGUGUUGCCCAAACAUUAUUCGCAUCCGAGUUGUAGUGGAAGAUUGAGACUCUCCUCUGUAUGUGUCAGGGGUCUAUUUACUAUAUAAGAGGCGCGAAGCGCCCUCGUCAGAGGAUAGAAGGCCAGGCGUUACUAGUUCAAUACAAUCUAUUACUUGGUC